AUGGCGAUGCGUUUUGCAGAGGGAUGGGCCCGAUUCAUUCCUAUGAUCGGGUACCAUCAUGUGUUGAUGAUUAUUAUCGCUGUUGCUAUUAUCUUGCUAUCUCUCCUGUUGGCCGGAUGCUCUUCAUCUUCUCCACAGAUUCCCGAUAUUUUCUUGAUCUCGAUGUACUAUGAGAAGUACUCGCCCGUCUUCGACAAGUCGCAGGUCGACCCCGGCGUGGUAACGGCCAUGUCGAAUAUCGUCGGUGCUGCUGAGCUGGAAGUUCGAGUCGGAUACUUUGGUAUCUGUGUUCAGCCCGACCAUGGCUCAUUCAUCUGCAAUGCAAACGCUACGGCCCUGGCCGAGAUUGUUACUGUGGACCAGGACCCACUCAACCUGAUCUGGGUUGCCUCGACUUUUAAGGAUGCGGUCGUAUUCCCGUACCUCUUGAUUGUGGCCGUUAUUCUCGCCUUCUUCUGCUUCAUUCUUCUCGCAACUUUCCCCGGCUGGCACGAGGAGCGCGAUGAGUCCGGCUCCGACGUCGAGGUUAAGCCUUUCCCGUCACGACCCGUCUCCCAGGCAGCUCUUGCCUUGAUCUUCGUCUCCUCUGUGUUCGUGCUCGUCUCUGUACUAUGGCAGCACACGGCAUCUGUGGCCGCGAGUACAAUCGCACAAGACAUGGGUAACGGCAGCGUUAAGAGCGGCGUGGGUACUUCAGCAAUGGUGCUCGGCUGGUUCGGAUUCGUCCUACUAGUCGUCGUAACUAUCGGUCUACUCUUCAUGAUCCUCAGCAUCAGUCUAAUCAGGCAGUUGUCCGAUGAAUAA